GCUGUAAUAUGGUAGCUGUAACAGCAGAGUACAUCAGCAUUGGCUGCAACAAGAUUACUCAGGCCGCAGCCUGGGGUUUGGAUGGAACAGUUGCAUAUGCUGCUGAUUCUUUGGUAGCAAUAUACCACCCUUUGGAUAAAUCGUCUGAAGGCGUGCUUGUCACUCUUCCUGGGCACAAAAAUAGAGUGAAUUGCAUAGAAUUCAUUAAUAGAGGUCACGAACAAAGUCAAACCAAUGUAGCGAUAGUGAGUGGAUCGGCGGAUGGAACUGCUAAAAUAUGGAAACGAGAUCCUUCCGGAAAAUGGAUCAACAGCUGCACCUUGACUGGUCAUUCAGCUGGCAUAGAUACAAUUGCCUGUGUGAGAGCUGCUUCUAUUGACGAAAGUCUUGGCGAUUUAAUAGCCACGGGAUCUGGAGAUGGCACAAUUAAAAUCUGGAGACGGAAAGAAGAAGAUGAAUAUAAAGAUGGAUACGAGUGUCUCCAAACCAUCGACUGUGGAGUUAAAUAUCCUACUGCACUAGCCUUGUCGUAUUUACCUGGAACAAGCAUACCCAUCCUGGCCGCUGGAAAUACCGACCGAAAGAUCUCUAUAUACAUUUAUCAGCCAAUCUCUGAUGCUUUCAACAAGUCAUUGGCCUUGCCGGGGCACGAUAACUGGAUUAGAUCUCUACAAUUCGCUACCUACACCGAAGAUUCCAAUUCUCCUGGCUCGAAAGCAUCCAACCACACUCUUCGUCGAGGCGAUUUGAUUUUAGCUAGCGGUUCGCAAGAUAAAUAUAUCCGGCUUUGGAAGGUCACGCCUGAAGAGUCAUCGGGUCAGCAAUCAUCGAAGGAGCCCGAGGCAACAGGAGACGCUGAUGGAGGUGCUUUAACGAAAGAUAUGCUUGAGGCUCUUGAAGAAAGCGUAAAGACUGGAGAAAGCAUGCAAUUGAGUACCAAGGCACACUUGUUUGAGGUAUUCGACAAAGACCAGAGCAAAAAACGCUACACGAUCAUGUUUGAAGCUUUAUUGAUGGGGCAUGAUGACUGGGUGUAUAGCGUAUGCUGGCAGGCACCAACUGUUGUCAAAGACUCAAACGGUCAAGAGAGAUUCCAUCAACCAAUGCGUAUUCUAUCGGCUUCAAGCGACAAGUCUAUGAUGAUUUGGCAGCCUGAUCCGGAGACUGGUAUUUGGAUUAAUGAAGUUCGAGUUGGCGAGAUUGGAGGCAACACUCUCGGCUUUUACGGUGGAUUGUUCAGUCGUGAUGGAAGACAUAUCAUUGCUCAUGGAUCAAACGGAUCAUUUCACUUGUGGCAUAACAUUUCUACUGAUGAAGAUCUUAACCACUGGGUUCCUGAGGUAUCCAUCAGUGGGCAUUUCGGAGCUGUAGAAGAUCUAGUAUGGGAUCCACAAAACUUGUUUGUUGUCUCUGCAAGCUUGGAUCAGACUUGUAGAGUCUUUGCUCCAUGGAAUCGAGAUGUGAAUGGCCAAAAAACCACAACAUGGCAUGAAAUGGGUCGAUCCCAAAUCCACGGAUACGACAUGCAAUGUGUUGCAUUUAUUGACAAGUGGCGAUAUGUUUCUGGUGCUGAUGAAAAGGUUAUGCGUGUGUUUGAUGCCCCCAAAACCUUUAUUGAGAGUCUUGCCGCAUUGACCGGUCAUGAAGAAUUGGAGUCUCAAGCUGAAUCGAGACCAGUAGGUGCUAACCUUCCAGCCCUUGGACUGUCUAACAAGGCAGUUUUUGAAGGCGACGCUUCCACCCUUGCUGGUGAAGAUGGUGAUGAAGGCACUAUGCAGAGCUAUGCUCACCCAAGUGCCACACCAGCCUCCCUCCUUCAGACUUUAGAGCAUCCUCCUUUCGAGGAGCAUUUGAUGCAACAUACCUUGUGGCCGGAAGUGGAGAAGCUGUAUGGACACGGAUAUGAAAUCCGAUGUGUUCGUGGUACACAUGAUGGUCGCCUUGUUGCAUCUUCUUGCAAGGCCUCAACGCCUGAGCAUGCUGUCAUCCGUUUGUUUGAUACCAAGACUUGGAAUGAGCUGGAAACACAGCUAUCAGGGCAUUCACUUACUGUAACCAAACUAGAAUUCUCUCAUGACGACAAGUACUUACUCUCUGUGUCGCGUGAUCGUCUUUGGUCCAUUUACGAGAGAGUAGAGGGCGAGCAAGGAAUCACGUAUGCGUUGCGCAGCCAAGCCAAGGCACACGCACGUAUUAUAUGGGAUUGCUCUUGGAGCCAUGACGACAAAUUGUUCGCAACAUCAUCCAGAGAUAAAACCAUAAAAAUAUGGACUAAGGCUGAAGACAGUUCCGACUGGACAUGUGUUUCGACCAUAAAAUGCACAGAAGCAAUUACAGCUAUUGAUUUCGCACCACGUUUAAUUGACGACAAAUAUGUUCUCGUCGCUGGUCUGGAAAAUGGUGAAAUUCAAUUGCUGGAGUCUCAAAAAGCGGCUGUUGAUCAGUGGCAGGUGGUCUCUACUUUGGACGCUCAGCUUUGUCAUGUUGGCGUUGUCAAUGCUGUUGCAUGGAAAUGCGAUAACGCAUCAACAUUGCAGUUUGCAUCGGCAGGAAACGACCACGCAGUUAGAAUUUAUAAUGUUGACUUUUCAUAGAGUAUUAUUUACAGUUUGUGUGUGGAAUAUACAAGAAUUCAAAA